UCCCGGAGGAAGGGUUGUAAACAGUAGGAGCCGAGGGACGCCCCCCCCCCCUUUCCUGCAGCCAGCGGGGACCCCGUCUCCGAGCCAGCCCCGAGGAGUGGAGGCGGCCCCCGCCAGCCAGAGCAGGGCUCCGCUGGCAGCCAGGAUGUGGCCCGAGCGCGCCUUCCCCAGCCCCGUCGCCGCCCUCCUGCUCCGGGCCUGCUUGCUGCUCCCCCCGGCGGACGCCUACAUCCACGCGGUGACAGAUCACAACUCCAGCAUGGACUUCUCGGACCUGCCCGCCCUCUUCGGGGCCGCGCUGCCCACGGAGGGACUCGUGGGCUACCUGGUGGAGGCCAAGCCGAGCAAUGCCUGUCAGCCCAUCGACGGCCCCCCGGACCCCAGCAACGUCACCCGGUUCAUCGCCCUCAUCCGCAGAUACGAAUGCAACUUCGACAUCAAAGUGAGGGGGGCCUCGGGGGCAGGGAUGGGAGGGCAUUGUUCCGGGCCGCGUCCCCAGUGUGCUCCACUGGUAUCUAUGAGGCUCUGGAGCGCGGACGGUGACAAGUCCCGAUACCAUGGCCAAAGGAGCAGGGGGGCUGGGAAGUCUUGGCACCCCCCUGAAAGGCCCCCCCUCGGUCUGUGCUGGCAGAUCAUUCGCUGUGUGCAGCACCGAAAGAGGCUGCGGCGUAACCGGCUCUCCAAGGAGCAGCUGAAGAAAAUCCCUGUUCACAAGUACAAGAAAGGGGACGAGUAUGACGUCUGUGCCAUCUGUCUGGACCGAGGUUAUGGGAGGGGCGACCGGCUGCGGUCCUGCCCUGUGGCCAUUGCGUAUUCACUUGCGUGUGCGUGCGACCCCUGGCUGACGCUGGCCAGACGACCUUGCCCCGUGUGUAAGCAGCGGGUGCUGCGGACGGCUGCGGACUCAGACUCGGGGGCGAGGGGGCACCCGCAGGGCGAGAGUGAGGAGGAAGAGCGCGCCACCUCAGAGCGAACCCCAACUGGCUGGGCCCCUCCCUCUGCCGCCACACCCCUCCUUCGCAGCAUGGAGGCACGGGGCCCACCCUCUGGCGAGGAAGGCUCUUGGGAGGAACAGGAUGGGCCCCAGGGGCUGCCCCCAGGGCAGCCCCCUGGAGGGCGGGGGGGCCGGGCAUCCCUGUCUGACCCCCAAGAUGCGGGGGGCUGGUUGGACCUCCACCCCCGCCAAAGCUUUCUUGGAUCGGAGCCGCUCAAGGGACCUGAAUAUCACAUGCACCACCAGGACGUGGAGAUCCGGGACCGACUCUAUCCCCUUUCUGGCCAGGAGAAGGAGACCCAGAUGCUCUCCCAGGCGGGAGGCCCCAAAUUCCGUGUGGGUCGGCCCGAAACCAACUUCGGGUUUUAA